GGGCUCGGUGGGACCGCGGUGCUGCUGCAGCUCCGCACCCAGCCAUGGGCGCCUCUGCCUCCGCGCCGCUGGACGACAGCAAGUGCGCCUACAUCCGAGGAAAAACCGAGGCCACCAUCAAGAACUUCAGCCCCCACUACCGCCGGCAGUACGCCGUGGCUUUCUGCAGGCACGUGCAGGAGGAGCUGGAGCAGCACCGCCACUCCCAGUCCCGCUUCCUGAAAACCAGGCCUGCGGGGGAAGCUGGGACAGUUCUGUACGAAGGAGAGCUGCUGCAUUUCAGUGAGGACCUGAAGAAGUGGAAGGACAGAUACGUCGUGAUCAGAAAUGACUACACUGUGGAUUGCUUUGAGACCAAAGAGGCCUACCAGAAGGGAGCCAGCCCUAAAUAUCAUGUUAUUCCUGCAGGAGGCAAAGUCCUGACUUCAGAAGAAGAUUACAAUUUGCUGUCUGAUAAACAUUUUCCAGACCCUGUUGGCUCCAGCGAGGAGGCGGCUGCAGCCUUCGUCCCGCUUCCGAAGGAGUUCCCGGUGUACCUGUGGCAGCCCUUCUCCCGGCACAGCUACUACUGCUUCCCGGAGCCGGGGGCACAGCGGCGCUUCAGCGCCGUGCUGGGGGACUGCGUGAGGCAUUCCAACCAAGACUUUCUCAAACAGACCACAUAUGAAGUGGAGGCUUUCUUAGAGGCCAUUCAGUUCUUCCGUCAGGAGAAGGGCCACUAUGGCACAUGGGAAAUGAUAACUGGCAACGAAAAAGAGAUCCUGAGCAACCUGGUGAUGGAGGAGCUGCUGCCUAACCUCCAGACAAUGAUCCUGCCUAAAAUGAAGGGAAAGAGGAAUGAUAGGAAACGGGCUUGGUUUGGGAUUGUAGAGGAAACCUAUGGCUUAGUCCAGCAGGAGGUGGCAGAAGGAUUAAAUACCUUGAAAGAAGAAUGUAGAGAAUUUGUAAAAACUCUUGAAGGGACCAUUCGUUCAGACAUGGAUCAGAUUCUGAGCUCCAAGAACUUCCUAGCUGGAAAAAUCAAAGCCAGUGUUUCUGAGCCUGCCCAGAAGUGCUGCACAGAGAAUAUCCAGCCAUUCCUCGCCUCCAUCCUGGAGGAGCUCAUGGGCCCCGUCAGUUCCGGAUUCACGGAAGUGCGCGCGCUUUUUGAUAAGGAAGUGAAUGAAAUCAUCCAGGACUUCCAGAAGACCAAUGACAUGACCAGGCUAAAGGAGAAUGUGGACCAGCUCAUGACCCUGCCCUUCAACUCGGUGAAAAUGGAGCCCUGCUAUCUGAAGGUGAACCUGCUGCAGGAGCUCCUGCAGGACCUCAAGAGUCGCUUCAAGGUCUAUCACAUCGAUUUUGUGAUUCAGAGGACACAGAACUUCAUGCAAGAGCUGAUGGAAAAUGCAGUUUAUACUUUUGAGCAGUUGUUCUCUCCAAGCCACCAGGCAGACUCAGCCAAAGUUGCAACAACCAUUGAAAAAGUCAAGCUGAGAGUGCUGAAGCAAUAUGACUACGACAGCAGCACCAUCCGCAAGAUGAUAUUCCAAGAGGCACUGGUGCAGAUUACCUUGCCCACAAUGCAGAAGACACUGGCUUCAACAUGCAAACCAGAGCUGCAGAGAUACGAGCAGUACAUUUUUGCUGAUUACACAAGUGUGAUCCAAGUAGAGAACGUGUAUGAAGAGAUUUUACAUCAGACACUGCUUGAAGAGGCCCUAAAAGUGAUCAACGAAGCUGCCAUUCUGAGGAAGCACAACCUGUUUGAGGAUAACCUGAACGUGCCCUGCGAGAGCGUGUCCAGCCUGACAGAGCUGAGGACUCCCGUGGGGUCAGCACAGGGCACCCCCGCCAAGGCGCCCGCAGCCCCCCGGGCCGAGGGGUCGGACACCGAGAGCCACGGGGACGAAACGCUCGUUGUGACAGGGAAAAUCGUGUGGGAGAAGGAUGCUGAUGAGGGAAAGUCACCAGACAAAGAGGCAGGCACCUCUGUUAGUGCAGCUGGUGAUCAGGCCAGCAGGAGGGAAGCAGUGGCUGUUACAGACGUUGGUGACAAACAGGAGUGCCCUUCGGCUGACCACAUUAAACAGGGAGUUGCAGAGGGAAAAGGUGCCAUGGAGAAUGUAUCAGAGUGUGUAGUGAGCACUGAGAGAGGACUCAAGGCACAACAAACAGCUCUGGAGGAAAAAGUAGCUUCUGGGACUGACACUGCAGUAAAAAAUUUUGAAGCCGGCCCUAAAAAAGAACUGAAGGUACCUGAAGGAGCAGUGGAGGAAGAGGUGACUUCAGUGAGUCAAACAGUAACGGCUGCUGUGUCUGUCAGCAGCACUGAGAAAGCAAGCACAGCACAGGAAAAAGUUUCUGAGAUAAAGCUCACUUUCUCACCUAAGAGCGUAACAGAUGCAGAGAUUUUAGGGAGUGUAGAAAAGGAAAGCAAGGUAGAAAAUGAAAUUAUGGGAACAUUAUCUCAGAGUGAAAAUGCAGUAGGAACAGGGUUGGAAGGGAAUAGUAAAAAAGAAAGUGGUGAGAAUACUGAGACAAAGAUUGUUUCCCAGGAUGAAAAGACAGGGAAAGCAGGGUUUGGGGUUAGUCCUAAAAAAGAAAGCCAGUCAGAAGAAAAGAGUAGUAAAUCCCCCGAUGAUGUGAAUGAGAUAAGGAGUUUGCUGAUGCUGACAGUUGAGAUCCCAGCGGAUACUCCAGCUGAGAACAUAAAGGAGGUCUGUGAGGGUGAGCUGCUGAAGUUGCCGGAGCACCAUAAUGGGAGCUACGAGUUGAGCGAAGUGGCUGUGGCAGAAAUUCAGGUGAGCCAGAAGAUGAAGAGUGAAGAUGCAGCAGAAUGUGUGGAGUUCAAGGAGGAGCGACCAUCCUCAGCCAGCCUGGGGACAGAUGGUACGAGGGGAGAGAGCGUGCCCAAGGGGGCACAAGCUCCGUGGCUGGUGGAGGGCUGGGCUCCGCCUCGGGAGGCAAAGGCAGAGGUGGAGAGCAAACCAAGUGUGUGGUACGCAGGUGCGGAAGGCGAGAGGUUGCAGCCGGAGGAGCACACGGGAAUUGCGGUGGAUGGGAAGGAAGGAACAGGGGACAGCCACGCUGUCCUGGAGGACAGUGGGACACAGAGCUCCUUUCCGAGCCCUGCUGCAGAUGCAGGCACGAGGGACGUGCCCAUCCUGGAUAGAGCAAACCCGGGCCCCGGACUGCUGGAGCCGGUGUCCCUGCAGCCGCGCCGGGGGCAGCCCGGGACAGAGCGCACGGCAGACACGGAGCCCGGGCGGCGAGAGGGGGAGCCGGGAGAUCAGCCCUCAGGAAUUCACGGCACCGGAGGAAAAGCGAUCCUCCCAGAAGAACACCGAGGAGAUGGUCCUGCACAGCAGAACUCUGAGGAGUAGAAAGCAGCUUUCAGCCCAGCCCUGCGGGACCUGUUCACUCCAGUAAUCCCUGUUCAGUUUUGAAUACUU